AUGGCCCCCGCCACCAAGAGCAAUUUCAAGUCGUACGAGGCUCAGGCUCGCCUCCUGCGUGCUAUCAUUGCCGCUCAUCCUGAAGUCAAAUGGAACUACAAAGAGAUCUGCAAGCAUUAUGGUUCGGACAUGACUGAAUAUGCUCUCCAACAUCGCUUUCGUACCUUGAAGCGUCAUGCGGAUGUUGUUUCCCAGGCUGCAAAUCAAAACCUCGACUGCAAGGAUAUUCCGGCCGAUCUGCCCAAGGAUCAGAAUGAGGUCGCCCGUAUCUUUGGAAGCUCGACCCCAGAUGGAAUCCAGUUCCAGUUCCGCUCGAUCAAGAAGGAUGCGGAUGCCAUGCGAACCGCCGCCGACAACGGCGACGACCCGGCCAAAGCCCUCAACAUCGGCAGCGCUUUCUCGACACCCAGUCGCAAGCGAUCCACACCCGGCGUAGCCGGCUCCGGUGCGUCCAGCCGCGCCUCGGGAGCGGGGUCCCGUAAGCGGACCAAGGCCCACGCCGCUCCCCCGGCCUCGGAUGGCGAGGAUGACGACGAGGACACGUUCGUCGAAACGCCCACGAAGAAGCGUAUCAUCAAGCAAGAGCCCUCCACCGCCGCCUCCUUCGAUGGCGCCGCCGACAUCCCCGACGUCGCCACCUCGCAGGGCCACGUCUCUCUCUUCGGCAGCAGCGCUUCGUCUGCUCGCGCGGCGGCCGUUCACGUCGACCUUACCGAAGAGAGCGAGCAGGAGAGCCGCUCCGGCAACCAGAGCACGCAGGAAACCCAGCCCGCCUUCGCCCUCAAUGCGGAUGGUGGCAAAGCUGCUAAGGCGCAGAGAUUCACGGCUUCGAAACAGGUGCAGAAACCUGCCGCCGCAGCGUCGAAUGUCGAGUCUGAGUUUAUGCAGGAGCUUGAUCAUGCUUUCAGCAACGACUUUGUUGAUGAUGCUGACCACUUCUAUUCGGGCGGGUACGACGAGAUCUGA